AUGGAUUCUGAACUUGUCUCUCGCAGGUAGUACCCCGUGAUCCCGACUUUCGCAUCAUUCCGAACUUGCUCCUGUAAAAACUUGAUCGCGUGGACAUGAAGCUUGUUCUAGUCUAGUGCGACCUGAUGCGUAAACAAUAACGCCACGCGUCGGCUAUAUAGACUUUCGAAUCCAGUGCUUAUCAUCAGCUCCCGCACUGGUUCCUUUCGCCUUCGAGUAACCCGGCAGCAGUGAAUGCGAAACACCAUGGCGAAGUUCGCCAACGGAUUGUUCCCACUUCUCGUUCUCCUCGCCCUCGUUUGCCUCUCGCCACUUCCCAUCGCAUCCGCCGGUGCACCAAGGCGCGUCGCGCGCUCGCGGCAGGCGCACGAGGAGUUCCGCCGCCAGCGCCGGCUGACCGACAUCGUCGACCGCGGCUCGCGUCCGCCGCUGCACAUGUUCGAAACGAAGGCGCAUUACGAGGAAGAAAAGCGCGAGAAAGGCGAAAGCGGCCAGGGCGGCGCCACGUCAGCCGCUCCGAUGCAGUACUGGGGCGGGCCCGUGAUGACCGGAAACCCGUCCGUGAACGUGUAUAUAAUCUACUAUGGAAAUUGGCCCGCGGGUUCCGGGCAGAAUGUGAUCGAAAAUUUUAUCCGGUCGCUGAGUCGGGACUCAAACCGCCAGGGAGACCCGUCAGAGCGGAAGGUGAAGUACUGGUGGGCGAUCAACGAGCCGUACUUUCAGAAGUUGGACGGCGGAAAGAAGAACGUCAGCAGGAAGGUGAGGCUAUCCGGGACUGUCUACGACAAGUACUCGGUCGGCAAGAGCUUUGGCGAAAACACGGUCUGGAAAGUUGUUUCAAGCAAGGUCGGCGAUGGCAAGGCAUUCUCCUACGACCCCCACGGCAUUUACUUGCUCCUCACCAGCAAGGAUGUUAUGAUCCCCGGUUACUGUACCGAGUAUUGCGGAUAUCACACGAUGGACUAUAUCGGGUCGAAUGGAGUUGUAUACUCGUUAGUGGGUCACCACGGGCAGUGCGCGGAUGGCUGCGGAGCACAGAGCACGUCGCCCAACGGCAACCCUGCGAUCGAUGCGACGGUUUCGACCAUCGCUCACGAAGUCGCAGAGGCAGCGACCGACCCCGACGCGAGCGCGGGUUGGUUCGACAAGGCAGGCGAAGAGAACGCGGACAAGUGCUCUUACGAAGUCGGGGCGACGAAAACGGGUCGCGACAACCGUGGUAACGAGUACCUGUACAAUCUCGUGGGGAUGAAGGGCAUGCGGUUUCUGAUUCAGCAGAACUGGGACCGGCUGAAGAACAAGUGCGUCACGCAGAGGCGGUAGCAGCAGCCGGCCACCAGCGUGACAGGCCACCUCUGGAGGACAUCACCAGGGGGUGACUCACCCCGCGGAGUGCGAAAUUGAAACAUCCAGAUUGCGAAGAUUUCUCGUCGUCGCUGAGACCGCUUGAGCUGCCAAAGUGCACCCUUCGUCCCCCGAUGCACUUGAACGCGGAAUAAGUGGUGCUGCGCGCACCGCCGUGGAAUCUACUACCGCGAGGUGACUUCUGAGUCGGCUCAAAAGUCGCCGCCGUGGACUCUACUACUGCGCACCUCGGACGGGAGGAGCUGAAAUGCGGACAUCGUCAGGUCCGGAUCUGCAAUGUAGGAGGGAAUCAGAAGCCUCCGUGACUUAGACUGUCUUGCUUUCCGGUGUAAGCCUAGGAGUCUAUAAUUGCCCCCUGACGAAAAUCACCUAAAUGUCAACCAGUGUCUUCACUGCUUGCUGUUGCUGCUAGCCUGAACACCAGGAAGGUGGGAAGAGAGGUACCAGCCAACGGCGAGGUAAUGCACCUGCAACCACAU